CUCUAUUAUCUCUCUCCACACAUGUGGACGAGAAAGAAAACCAGUGGUUCAGUACACACCGCCACAGCUGGACAGCAUGCUGCGGUGGCGCGCCGGCGCCAGUACCAUCGCUCCCGCCCCGUCUGCGCCCCGGCGAGCAGCGCGCAGCCGCUGGCGCCACCGCCUCCGGCCGCGCAGCGCGAAGGAGCCCGCGACGAACGAGGACCGAGCCGGACGCAGCGUGCUCAACAGGAGCGUCCUGCUGCGGUCCGGCGUCGCGCUCUUCGCCCUCGGCUUCGUCGAUGCCGGCGGAGACUGGUCUCGCAUCGGCGCCAUCUCCAAGGACGCCGAGGAGCUGCUCAAGCUGGGCGCCUACGUCGUCGUGCCGCUCUCUCUGGCCCUCGUGUUUUCGUUAUCCGAAGACAGCAACAAUCGAUCUUAGGGUUUGAGAAGAUCGAGCUUCAUUUCGUCUAGCAUCUAACUCAGGCCUCGUGUUGCAGACUCGUAUUGGAUUGGUUCUCGCGCUAUGUGCCAUUAAGCUCUAGUCUUUACCGCUGUA